AUGGCUUUGUCCAUCACUCUCAUGACUGUGAACAGGGGCGGUCGUGAAGAAGAAGAUAAACCCUCGUUUGUGUCGGAAGAGCACCCACUCUACGACCAAAACAAUCUGCUUCUGCCUUCGAAAAGGGUGAGUCGUUUCCUGGCUGAGACUAAGAACCCUAGAGCAGCUGACCAUUGCAACAAGGACAACGAGAUCUGCGCCUACUUGGCAGAGAGCAACACCAACUCGACUUGCUGCAACAACAAGUGCAUGGACUUGUCCGAGGACAAGCACAACUGUGGCGCCUGCAAGAAGAAAUGCAAGUACACUGACACUUGUUGCAGAGGAGGCUGCGUCGACACCAACUUCGACAAGAGGCACUGUGGAGGCUGCAACAACCGCUGUGAAAAAGGCCAGUAUUGUGUGUACGGCAUGUGUAACUAUGCCUGAUUCAUUUCGUAAGGGCGGUGAUCCGUUAACGGAUUCUGGGUACUCCUGAG